AAUCAAUUUUGAAUGUGACAUGACAGUCGAGGUCGAGGUUGCGGAGUUUUGUCGCAAAACAAAGCGAGUAAAUAAUUUAUCAAGUAAAUAGAACACAUAACAAUUUUUGUGUUGAACCAUUACGGUGGCAUGCCAAUCGACUUUGAUUUAUUAUAAUGCUGUUUGUUUUUCCGUGUUAAAUCUUUCGAUGGUGCAUUUUCUAUGUUAAUCGAUGAUGUAAGAAACUGAAGGUCUCAUUAGUGCGUACUUUGUUUUAUUGUUUUGGGUGACUUGUGAGUGUGUUUUCGAGAUGGAGGGCGAGGAUGGGGGGAUGGGGAGCCCGGGAGACGAUUACGAGAGCAGUUCCCACUCAACGCCUCAGGAACACAAGUCGUUUGCUGAAUUCGCGAAGGAUAAAUUGGACAGUGCUAGCAGGGAGCUCCGCCGCCGCCUCCCAAUGGCGGGGCAACUGGGGGCUCAUCUGAUGCAUCCUCGGCGCCUGCUGCUGCAUUCUACCCCUACUCAGCACACGGAUGUGGUACUCAUAUUCCCUAAAGGUCUACCAGACAGCAUGCUUCUAUGGCUGCUGCAGAAACUACGCGGCAGCAGACCUCGUCUGCGUGUGUGUGUGCGCCAGCACGCAUCUUCAGGCUGCUCGGCCUUCUACAUCACCGCGGACGAUGACGUGCUGUUACAAACUGCGGAAGAAGUGCACCUACCCAAACUGCUGAAGCCAGAAUUCGGAGGUGGCUACAAGGAGUUUACCGUCCGGGACAUGCAUUGUUUUCAAAAGGGAUCGUCAGCGGCGGAACUCCUCAACUCACAAGAGCGAGGGUCUCUUGUCAAGCACGUUUUAGAAUCAGCGCGCGCAGAGCCGGGCGAUGAACAUGCGCUGGAACCGGCUUUGACGCUGCGCCCUGGACAGAGUAUUGUGCCGGCGUGCGUAUCCCGAGGGGUAGUGCAGGGCAUGUUUCCGUUACACGAGCGAGGAGCUCUAGAGAAUCUGAGACGCAAAUGGGUGAAGACACUCUUCGCGCCGCAGCCUUUAGAUGAAAUAAGCGAAUACUUUGGAGUGAAGAUAGCGAUGUACUUCGCUUGGUUGGGGCACUAUACGCGUUCGCUGACAGUGCCUGCUGUCGUCGGGUUUGUGUUCUGGAUUUGGUUGGGCACUGCCAAUGAGAAUUGGAAGGAUAUCGCCCACGUUUUAUUCUCACUGUUUAACGUAUUGUGGGCCUGUGUUUAUUUGGAGACAUGGAAGAGGUAUUCUAAUGCGCUGGCAUAUAAAUGGGGAACAUUGGAUCAGAGAUCUGAACUUUUAGUGGAGCCGAGACCUUUAUUUCAGGGAGAUAUGAGCACAAGUCCAGUAACAGGGCGGCCCGAGCCCGAAUACCCGGCAUGGAAACGCAGAUUAUGGCGGCACGGGGUGUCCUUCCCGGUCACUCUGCUGUGUCUAGUCGUCGCUACUGUCAUCACUUUCACACUAUUGCACAUGCAGGAUUGGUGGGAGAACAAAAUAGGUUAUUUUAAUUUUGUGCCCCGGGCAUUCUUGGCCAUCAUAAUAUUUUUGGAGGAGGAGGCAUACGCCCGGAUAGCGAGGUGGCUGAACGACAAAGAAAACUAUCGCCUCGAGACAAAGUAUGAGAACCAUCUGAUUGUGAAAAUAGCAUUGUUUCAAUUUGUGAACUCGUUCAUGAGUUUGUUCUACAUUGCGUUUUAUCUUCAGGAUAUGGAUAAGUUAAAAGAGCAACUAGCCGUUUUGCUUAUAACGAGACAAAUCAUAGGCAACCUGAAAGAGUCGGCCCUGCCUUAUUUGAUUGAGAACUUGAGGUUGGCCAAAAUCUGCGUCGACGUGUUUGGAGCUCUCAGUCCUACGAAAACACCAACAGCGGCACAGAUAACAGAGAUGUUCGACAGUAAAAAGACUGACACGCCAACCCCGAGUCAAGUCGCGAACGGUGACGAGAGACGCGACUCGGAGACGAGCGUCGGUCAGAAAAUUAUACAUCAAGCGGAACUUGAAUCACAGCUGUUCAAGUACGAAGGCACGUUCGCGGAAUACCUCGAAAUGCUCACACAACUCGGGCACGUCGUUCUAUUCUCCUCCGCAUUCCCACUGGCAGCGUUAUGCGCACAACUGAACAACGCGGCCGAGAUCCGCGCCGACGCCUUCAAGCUGUGCCACGUGGCGCAGCGGCCGUUCGGCGAGAGAGUGAGCAGCAUCGGCAGCUGGCAGAGUGCUAUGGAAGCUAUGGUGGCUGUUGCCGUGCUAGUGAACUGCGCUCUGAUUGGCUUGUCGGGACCCGUACACAGGCUGCUACCGGACGCUACCCCGGCUCAGACUAUACUGGUCAUCGUGGCGCUUGAGCAUCUGAUCCUCAUGAUAGUGCUGGCCCUCCGACUUGCUAUCCCGGAAAUCCCCGGCUGGCUCGCCACCGAGAUGGCCAAAGUGGAGUUCCAGCGACGAGAGGCCAUCAAAAACGCUCACGCACCACUUAUGUCGGAAUGUCCGUCCGUGGACGACAUGCGCCCCUCCUCCCGCAACACCCCGCGCACCAUCACCCCCACCACGCCCAAGCAGCAGGACAAGCCGCCGGAGAAGAAGAAGAUCAACAUCGGCAAGAUACCGGAGAUCCCGCCCUUCAGGCCAAAGGCGGCGUCGAUCGCCGAGCCGCCCGUGAUUACGGGGUCGUUGCAGCUGCUCCAAGAUGUCAGUCCUACCAAGCCGUUGCGUCGAAAGGAGGCAGCACCAGGCGCUCCGCUAUCGCUGCUAGGAGUCCGGGGGCUUCGAGAUGAACCUUUGCAUCGUUCAGCGCACUGCAUUCCUCAUCCUACGCAACAUCGACCGCUCGUCAACCCUACGCUGCAGGAGUUAAGUGGCAGCGUGAGCGCAGGCGGAUCGGAGCCGGACCUGAACGCAGUACCUUCAGCCGCUCCAUCUAUUGACGCCAGCGCGACAUCGAGCGAAGAUGACAAACCUAAGGACAAAGGUCGAUCGCGAGCCAAGGCGUUGCUAGUGAAGCGCGUACGCUCCGUAGCAGUGUUUUCAUUGGGUCUGCGCAAGGCGCGCGAAGCAGCGGCCGAAAAACAUACACAUGCGAGCAAUGUACCCGCGGUCACCCCCGACAAAUAUGGAAUGGGUGGCCCGGCCCCGAUGCUCGGAGGCGAGCUCUCACUCAUACCAAUCGAGCAGCUCAUUCAAGUCGACGACGUACGGCGUCCCACGUAGACAUUACACUAACACUACCGACACUUUGUAGACUUAAGCACAGAAUAAAUAAUAGUACUAGGUGCAGAAGACUCACUCUCUAACAAAACGCGUCUGUUACGAUCAGGCCGCGUAGCCAAAAUUCCAAUCGCUUAGGCUCCGUAGCGAUCGAAACGCAACUGUCACUGUCGCACUAAUAUGGAAGAGUGAUAGAGAGACACAAAGCGUUUCGUUGUCGAAACGAUAGCGAUUGUAACCUUGGCUAGGCCGGCAGGACAGAUAUGGCCGCUAGUUGGCGACAGCGCCACGCGCGGCUUAUGGCUAGCCACCAAAAUUGGUGUGGAACGGAUGUACUUUUAGCUACCUGUAGCAAAGCGACGAAAUCGCGGAGUGAGCCACGCCUGAUUUAAGGUCUUUGGAAUACAAAUAACUAAUAACUUUGCGUAGAGGGCGCCACUAGCACAAACAGAAACAAAAUGCCUUAAUGUAUCAAUGUUCAUGUUUAUUCGUAACAAAUACUCUGUGAAAACAUGUCAAAAAAUUGUUUACAGCGUGUACUACGCAUAUUGCUCUAUGGUUUACCGUUUGUGCCAGUGAUGCACUCUGGCGGCAGAACGUUGCAGUAAUACUCCUUGUUGAAUUAUGAUUUGUUUAAAAAAGAAUUGCGACGGACCGUUCCAUUAGUUCGAAUAUCCACUAAUACUUUUUUAAGGGUUGACUUAUUGAAUUAAGGUACAUUAUUGGGGUAACUUCGGGAAAUGGUUGAUUUUUCAAUUUAUGUACAGUCGACGUCAAAGAGAUCUUUACGACUAACGUUACAAAAAAUUAUUUACACGACUUUAUUGUCAUAGCAUUUAGGUCGUGUAAACAUUUUUUUGUUACUUUGGCUGUAAAUUUCUCUUUGACGUCGACUGUACAUGGAAAAAUGUGCUUAGAAGUUAUUUUUAAGAAAUCAGUAUUUUGAGUACUAAUUCAUUAGGUACUUUAUUUAACUGUUGAAAAGGUGAAAACUGACCGGUGUUACCAAAUAUCAUAUGAGUAUACGCAUUAAUUCCGUUCUUAGCAAAUUUUAAUUCGUAUUUAACGCUUGUAACACUUUUAUGUGUAAAUUACAGUGUUUUAAAGUAAGGACGCUAAGCACGAGGAAUUUCGUACACUGAACCGCCAUAUGCUAUCUCUAUCGCACGCACAUAAUUAUAAUGCUGACCCGCUCAAUGGCAUAGACCUAUCGGUAUCAUGGGCGGAACAGCAAUACAAUUACGCGCGUGUGAUAGAGAUAGGAAAUGGCAGGUCGAUAGACGACAUUCUUUGUGCUUAGCGUCCUUACUUUACAUGUAGCAACACCGCAACCAUAGAUAGAUUAAAAAAUAGACUACUUCAGAGUAAAUUAUUAAACUUUUGUAUGUAAUGUCGACUAGGGGAUGCUAUGGAACCAAUGAAAAUUUUAUUUAUUAUUUAGUGUUAGCAGUUACAAAUUUAAUGUUUGGUUACUAUUUGAAAUUGUGAAAAAAUAUCUUUUAAAACUGUUGGAUUUGAAAGUUCCAUGGGCUUAGGCAAAUAUAGUACUUAUAAAAAAUUGAAUAUAAUUGUGUUGAUCCGUAUAAAAAUGUGUUAAUAAAUCAUAUGAAACCCCGAUAUCACAGAGGAACCAUUUUAUAUAGAACAACACAAUUUAUAUAAUUAUGUUAAGAGCUUUAAUUUGUGAAGUAUCAUCAAAUUAUCGAACGAGUUUUCGAUGUAAUCGUUAUGUAGGGUAAACUAUACCUACUGAUUUUGACCCAUCUGUAAUGAUUGGUCCAUUCCGACCUUUUUCAUAUCCUAUUAGAUUUACCCUUCGAACGCCACGCCUAUCCUGCGCGGCAUGCCAUUUUGAACGUUGUCGCAAUGCACGAAGGUUGAUAUUGAGCUGUAGUCGCGUCACGUCACGCGUUCAUGUCAGUGGCGGUCAAAGGGAGUGGCAACUUUCUUACAAAAUAGGGACAAAUUACUCUUUAAAGGGCAAUCAUUGGUUAGUUUACCCUAGUUGUGUCAUUUUAGUCUUGGUAUUGAUUCGAGGCUUGUGAGUCUACGUUUAAGAUCUCAAUUUAGUUUGACGAAACUGUAUGGAGUAGAAAAUCCUUUUCAGUAUUAUGAAGCUUGCCUUUAGUCAUUUAUCAUCAUCAUACAACGAAGACUAUUUUAAACUAGUGAAUAAAAUACUUAAUUUUGACUCUCUUCGAAAAAGGACUCCAGUCUUUAUGGAACAAUCUAAUCUAUAACAACUUGUCAAAAACUCGAGCUUAAAAUUAAUCGCACUCCUUAGAAAACUAUGUAGAGUCUGAGAAGUGACUCCCAAGUUUCGGAUCUACCAACACGAGUCAUUUUCGAAGCAUUUAUUACAAUUUUGAAUGUAUUUUUCAAUGUUAAAUGUACUUUGCAAUCGUUGUCGCGCAUUCGUAAAAAAACAGAAGCAAUCGUCUUGACAAUAAAUUUGUGUUUGUUCAUUUGUGUGAAUGUUCACUCGCUACACUGCUAGACACUUGUUGUUAGCAUAGUUUAGUUUAGUUUCAGUCACAUUAUACUCAGAUUUUAAGAAAAGUAAACGUAGAGUUAUAAGUUUUUAUAUUUAUUUAUUGAAAUAAGUAUUAGACGAAAUCAAGAUUACAGAAAAUUAGGUGGCGUUCUUUAUCUUGCUUGAAAAUAUUUUCUAUAAUUCUAUGGGAUUCGGUACACGAUUUCAGCAUUAUGCCUCGACAUAAAGAACUCGCAAAGUUAGCUCUGAUUUUCAAUUUUUUUUUCUGCAAAAAUAAGGACAAUUGUUAUUAGGUGUAGGUACUUUUUUUGAAGCCUGAGUGUUAUGUGAUUAAAUGUUUAAUUGGGGAUAUAAAUUAGCAAUUACUCACUACAGAGGGCGCUUCGGUAAAAGGGUUCCAUUUACAGAAGAUGAAAGUUUGACGUCUCUAAUCUGUGGUUAUCUGGGGGCUUCACGAACAGUGGCGUAAUCAAACAAGCUAACACCCAUGAUAAAUACAUAAAAUGGGGUCAUCGCGGCCCAGCGGCCUCUCUGUCAAUUUUGGGUUCCAUUCGGGCCAAGACCCGGUGGCAGUUUUCCCGUUUUUCCACCCUAGGAAAUAGCUACGCCAGCGCCAAUGCUCACAAAAUCUCACCUGUCGCCAGUGCCAACGCCCGAUGGGGGUUGGAAGGCUUCUUAAACCCAUCAGUGUGCAAGAAUUACUUUAAUGUCAAUCGGGUUUCCUAUCCCUACCUUCUUACCCUAGGAGUAUAAGACCCAGCGAAAGUUUCGACCAACGUUUCACAACCUAAAGCUCUGAUUUCCUAGGAUAGCGGUGCCGUCAUAUAGCGGCCGUCUCCAUACAAAAUACUACUACAUCCAUAUUUAGCCAUAUUAUUUUGUAUGGAGACGGCCGCUAUAUGACGGCACCGCUAUCCUAGGAAAACUGCUUAAGUGGGUAUCUGAUGAAAAGAAACGUCAAGUAUUUAUCAGCCCCAGAGAUGUUUCACUAAAGCGCCAUCUGUAUUGAGCCUUGCGUGUUUAACCUCAUUCACAAAUUAUUGUAUAAUCGCAAAUUGUUAAUUAUAGUUAGGUAACUGGCCAAUAAUAAGUUGGCAUAGACUAGCAAAGGCAGCUGUUUCACUUUUAUCGUAUACACAAUUACACACUCCAACACCUGAUUCUGUUUCUACUUGCUCAAUAAAAAAUACAAACGCUGUCAAUUAAUGAUGUUGAUAUUUCGUUUUUAAAACUAAUAAUUUUAAGUAUGUAAUCUGGUCCUAUUAUAAAAUGUAAGCAUCUGAUACCGAAACGUAUAAAAGCGGAACUCUAAUAGGUGCAAAAAGCAACCAUGUGUGGUAGAAAAUAGGGUUGCAUAUCCAUUUAAGGUGAUUGUAGUUUAAUGAUCGUAAUUGUGAUAGUUAGGAGAGUUUCGCUUCUAAACGGAAUAUUAAUUUUUACCAUCAUAUUGUACUAGUUUAGUUAAGAUUAGUCAUAAUUAUAUUGAGUAAAUUGAGUACCAAUAGUACCAUGCAUGUUAACUAUAGUCUGUCGUUUUUGAACUGGCGUUUUCAGUGAAAAAUUGGAAACAAAAUACAACAUUCAAAAUAUUAAAAUUAUUACCUUUACAUCCACGUAAGGCUCACGGUCCUACCUAUAGUGCCUACUUAAUUAUUAAGUUCGAUGAAGUAUGAAUCAUUUUAAAUUGGAAUAGAGUUACAAUUGUUUUGUUUCGAUAAUUUUUUAAACAAAGCAAUAUCAACUCGAUAUCCUACAUCAUAGGAUUUUUUCUUGUAUGGCUGGGGGGGCUUAGGAGGUUAAAAUUGUGUUUCCAAUUUAGCUCGGCUCAGUUCAUUAACUAGAGACCAUAAUAAAAAAAACCAUAAGAGAAAUAAUAGUAAACUGAAUAACAGUCGAAAUUGUGUUACUUUAGUCCUAAUAAAAUACAACUACUUGUUUUCUAAUACUUCUCUUAGGUUAGAGUCAGACCAAGAAAAGUCUGCAGCCAUUUUGACAGCCCACACAAUGCAAGUGUUAUUUAUACGUCAUAAUUUCAUAGAAGUUUGACGUUUAAAAUAACACUUGCACUGCGUGAGCUAUCAAAAUCGCUGCAGACUUGUCUUGGUUUAACUUUAGUAGGUAAGGUAUUUCGAAUCUUCAGAAAUCUAACUUUCGUAAGGGUCUACUAUUUCGUCGUCGGUUAUAAUAUAGACAAAAUAAUACUAAGACGCAUUUUAAAGUAGUGCAAAAUAUGGAUGCUCCAUUUGGAUAGCUGACAUAGAUGGCUCUAACUGCCGCGUAGAUUACGGUAACUAAGUUUUGAAGCAUUAAAGUUUGACUAAUACUUUUUUCACCUCAGCAGCUCGAACAAGGGUACUUUGCUUCUUAAAAACAGUGAGCAAAAUGCGAUUUUGGUCACUGAGUCAUUUUGUCUCACUCAGUGAGCAAAAUCGCAUUUUGCUCACCGAGUGACACAUAAUGAGUGAGCAAAAUCGCAUUUUGCUCACUGAGUGAGACAAAAUAGCAUUCAAGUGACUUUUAUAGUCAAAUGUCAUUUUAACAUGCGGGGUCUAAUACAAGUUCGAUAUACUUGGGUUAUAUUAUCUCUGUCCCUCUAGGUAUGUUCUCACUGCUUAGGGUGAAAAAUUUUGUGUACUACAAGAGAUCAAAGUUAUUUACAUCUCGUGCGCUUUUGAAUCCCUUACUACGCUCAAGAUUCUAAAUUAGAUUCUAUCUAUUAUAGAAUCUUUCGCUUGCACGGGACUCAAAAUAAGCACUCGAAGAAAUAUCAAACUUUGAUCUCUUGUUGUACAAAUAACUAUUUAUACAGUUACCACCAAAGUCACAAAACAUAUAGCUCCAGCGAUAGGUAUGAAGUAUGAACUUGGCAAUGAAACAAGUGCGUACGAUGAAGCUCGUUUAUUACUGCCGCGCAGGCCAGGGCUAUAAGCGCGAAAAUCGAAGUUCAUCAAUUGCGGGCAUUUUUCUCCGUCACUCUAAUCUUAAUGAGAGUAAAAGAGAAAGAUCCCCCGCAAUAUGCGAAUUUCGGUUUUCGCGGUAGGCCCCUAUCAGACUACAGCGGACGUGCAGACUGAGGCGCGGGGUCGUCACAUGCAUGUACAUGUCAUCCAGUCAGUGCCACCCACAAAUUGUACCUACUGUUUUUGUGGCAACCGUGUUUUGCACUACUUUACACGUCUCAUUAUUCUUUUGUGUACAGUCGACGCAAAAAUAUGUUUACACUUUUGCACCUUACUCCUUUGUAAUAAGGCGAAAAUGUGAAAAUAUCUUUGACGUCGACUGUAUAUUAUUAUGCUUUUGGUAACGGCUAUUCGCAGCCCUAUGUAAUUGUUAUUUUACCUAAUAUGAACCUUAAUGUUAAUAGCGUAAGUUACAUUUCUGGACGACGCACAUACAAAGCUUGGAUAUGAUUCCUGCAAAGUGCUAAGCUGAGCAAUAAUUUGAUUUAGCAAUCAUAGCUUCAUUUAGCGUAAUUUAUUCUCUAUAGAGUACUUGAGAGAUGUUUUCAUUGUUUAGGUAAAUUAAUGUACCUACCUACUUAUGAUACCUUCAAGUUAUAAAAAAUAUAGGUGCACACAGCAUAUAGCCACAAAAACCUGUACAGUCCGACAAUAAAGAUAUGAAAAUAAUUGAAUGCUACUGAGCCUUUGUCCAAUGUUAGUGCGUCUCACUCUCUCAUUAAAGCAAAAUGUGAGACGCAAUACACAUUAGACAAAGAAAUUGGAUAGGUGGAAUACUACCCUAAGCAGGUAUCAAUAUAUAUUAUACUACGCGACAUGUCAUAUUCACAUUAUGGAUGCAAUACACCAACGUUAUAGGUACACUAUCCAUAAACCAGAAUGACGACCGAUAUCAUAUUCAUAUUAUCAUCUCUUUCACUCCUGCUACGACUAUGCAGGUGUGAAUGAGAAGUCUUACCACCCCUGUCAUCAGUUUGGUUUGCGUAUCUACGUAUAGUUAGUGCGAACUGGGACAUUGCCACCACUUUUGGUACAAUCUGAGGUAUAAAACAUUUAGUUCCUCUUUAUUAAAUUUCUACUCCUUUUUGUCGAACUGUACUAACGGUUCUGAAGGCCUACCGCGACCCACGUUCGACGUGCUGCCUCUCUGUCGCACUUGUUAAUUCGUACGUAAGCGUGACAGGGAGGCAACACGUCAUACGUGGAUCGCGGUAGGCCCUCUGUUUGCAGUCGGGCAAGAGCGCGAGCAUAGUGAGGUGGUAACACCUACCUAUAUAACUUUCUCACUCUUUCUUUAGCAUAAUGCAAUCUGCUAUGCAAGUGCCAGAAUAGCUAACGGCUCCUCUACACGAUUGGCCAACGCCGGCCACUCCAAGGGACGCAGCCAUGCGGUAGAAUGAGAUAACAAUAUCACUUGCUCCCUCUAACGCAUAAAUGCGUCCCUUGGAGUUGCCGGCGUUGGCCCAUCGUGAAGAGGAGCCCUAAGAACCAAAGAGUAUGAGGCAGAAUUCUAUAAUAUCAUAGGCCCUAUAUAUACCUACGCAGCGUUUCGUGGCAUGUCAGCCAAUGGGGGCUCAGCAUAGAGUCAGACAGUAAAUAUGACUACCUCUCAUUCUAACAGAUAGCAUUUCCGUCGGCUAGCUAUUAGGCUAUUUAACAGUCCUGAAGCCUCCUCCACACUCGUGCGCGAAUCGCGGCGCGAAGCCGCGAACGCGAGUGUGGCGUCGAUUUUCGCAGACAGCGAAAUCGACUCCACACUUGCGUUCGCGGCUUCGCCCGCGAUUCACGCGCAUAGUCUGGAGGGGGCUAUAGAAAGAAAAGUAGAUUAACUCUUCGAUUACACACUCGUUGCUGAGAGGCAAAUAGCGAGUCCUAUACUUACACUCGCUUUGCUAUAAAAUAGUACUAUAACUCUUGUCUCUGCUAUCAUGCGUUCAUUCAGUCCGAACCGAAACGCUUCAUUCCUAUCGUUAGCUCUGUGUUGUAGCGUAUUAAAUAUUCGUUGUUAAUUAUUUUUUAUACGAAAUAUUGAUGAAUGUUGCAUUUUGUGUAGAUUUUAAAUUAUAAGUUUGCAAAAUA